AUGACAUCCUUGGCCAGGGAGCUCAGGGAGCUCGAGGCGACGAGCCAACUCCCGCCGUCUACAACGCAGCAGCGCGUCACACCGUCCACCGUCCUCUUACCUGCUGCUGUCGGUACGGUGUCGCCGCAACUAAGCCCGUUCGUCGCCAACACCGCAGCGACGUUGUCUCCGCAAGCGUCUAUACCGAUGUGCAUGGCGCCGCUGCUGGGUCUCAGCCCUUUCCCUAGUUCGCCGUUGCACAACGGCAGCACGACAUUGCACGGGACUAACGAUGGCUGCCCGGACGCCAGCGCGGACCGCGUUGACAAUAGAAGCUGCUCAAUCAUCAAUUCGUUUGACCGGUCCUCACCUCCGACUCCGUCCGUCGCGCUGCGCAUCAGCAACGGCAGUGAUGGCAGUGCCCAGUCAGGCACCGUACACGCUCACGCCGCACCCGCCGCCCGCAGCGCUGACGAAGACUCGGCGCUUGACCCUCUCACAUCCUCCUCCUCGACCGCAACGACGCGCCUGUCGCAGGGUACGCCGGAGAACUCGCUCAUGGUGAACACCACGUCAGCGCACCAGUCCAAUGCCGAAGAAGCGACGUCGGCGACGGCCACAACCAACGGAACGGGUAGCGGCAGCGAGCGCAGCAGCCGCUCCGACGCCCGCUUGGACAGGGGCCGACGUUGCUCGACGACCUCGCUCUACCCACACCCACAAGCGCACCACCAACAGCCGCGCCCAGCGUGUGACGCAUCCUUAUCGUGGGUAUUGACGCCUGCGCGUGAUCCCGGCGGAGCAGCGUCGCAAGCGGGAUCAGUGCACUACUACGCGCCGCCCUUCCCUUCCUUUGCAGAAGGCGUGUGUGCCCUGUACCCUCUUCCUAGCGCCACGGAAGCGACGACACCGGCAUCAGCAGCAGCCCCAUCGAUUCCGCCAAGGGCAGCAUCGCACGAGGAAGUGGACAGUGGACCGCCCUCGAUGGCCUCCCAGCAGGAAACUCCUCAUCAGGCGCCAGGGCAGCCGCAGACGCCUCUUUCCACCACCGCCACCGACACCGACACCGACACUGCGUCGCCGACGAAUGCGCCCGUGCAGCUGUCGCUGCAAGAGGGGCUGAUGAUUUCGACACCUCUGACCCCGAGGAGCGGCCGCGGCACGCCGUCAUCGAUGCUGCUCGUCGCACCAUCACCACCGCGACGUCGCUCUAGCUCGGCAACAAACCCGUCCAUCAACACGGUCGGUGUGAGGCCCAACUACGACAAGAGCAGACGAGGAAGCUCCACCACCGCCGCCACGGCUGCAACAGUGAUGGCAGCCGCAUUCACCUCCACCCAGCGUGUGCCCCCCUCUGCAUCCCCGGCCACGGCCACACCACCAUCACCGCCGCCGCACAUGCGCCUCAGGAGCAUCAGUAACGGAAGCAAUGCGCACAAAAAUCACAGCAAUACGAGCGGGAGCGGCAUUCCGAGCACCGUUACCUUUAUCCCCAUCGGGGUGCAGCCGGCCAUCGCUCCCGCCUCUACCUCUUUCUCUGCGACCAGCCCGUGCCAAUCACCCACCCGCGCAGCCGUCAACGCCAGUGACCCCGGGGCUUUCAUCUCCGGUGUGGCAGCCGCGCCGGCACCUCCGACGUCCGACCGAAGGAUCUCCGCCGCGAGCCCCGUACCCUACACCCCCUCCGUGCCGAAGAUGGCCGCGCUUGAGCACACAGGCCAAGCCUCUGCUGACCCGCGAGCGUCGGCGACGCCACCGCUGCAGCGGAGCCCCGCCUCCCCCACGGCGCAACCAGUGCAGAACCCGGCGUACUGGACGUUCCCAUGUACACCGGCGGUGCCCAUGACAGUCUUCCUCGCAGCCCCGGAGGUAAGCUGGCACUCCUUGACGGGCGGAGUGACGACCCCACCGGCGAGUAGCGUCGGCGUCGCCAUACCCGACCCGUACAGCCAGAACUUCUUCGUUGGCUGCGGCGUUCGAGGCACGGGUACGUCCAUCUUGGACGGCUGCUCGUCGACCGCCUCCAUCGCGACGCCGCUGGCCACGUCACCGGCGUCAUCGGCGGCACUCGAGCUGCAGCGCACGAGUAGCAGUCGUGGUGCUACGUGGCCGUCGGCGGGGCAGACGUACCGGAACGUGCUCGUCUAUAGCGGUGGUGGCACCAGCGGUCAGGGCAGUGGAUGCGCCACGACCGUCACAGCAUCGGGAAGCAGCCGCGGCCUUGGUCUUCCCCUCUACUCCUCACAGCCGCAGCUUCUCUGCACGCCAGUGCCGCUCGACGACACGGAGAGCGUAUGCGCGAUUUGUUUAGAGGGUCGCGUGUCGAAAACCAAGACGGAGACGAGAGGAACGGCGGCGCUGCCAUCGACACCUCUGCAGCUGUCGCAUGCGGUGGCGGAGGGGGCAAGCCAGGAAAACGACAGCGCCGCAGCAGUGAUGGGCGAUACGACGCCAGCCAACGAGGGAGCCGAGCGGGGGGGCGUGCGCGGUGUCAAGCCCGGCUCCUGCCUCCUCUCGCUUCCUUGCGGUCAUUGCUACCACCAAAACUGCGUGCAGCGGUGGCUGAUGGAGUCGCAGAGCUGCCCCACCUGCCGCCGCGACCUAGCGCGCGACGCCACCAUCACCUGA